AUGGGGCUCUGGAUAUGCUGCCUUUGCUCCAGAGCUGCAGAUCCAUUGAUGCUGCUCCUGGUUUUGGCUCUGGGCUGUAACCCCUCCACAGCAGCAGCAGCUUCUCCGUCUGUGCCCCACGUCAAACCCAGCUACAGCUUUGGCCGGACUUUCCUGGGACUUGAUAAAUGCAACGCCUGCAUUGGGACAUCCAUAUGCAAGAAGUUCUUUAAAGAGGAGAUAAGGUUUGACACCUGGCUUUCUUCUCAUUUAAAGCUGCCCCCCAGCUCCCUGCUCAGCUACUCGGGCAACUACACGGACGAUGCCAAGAGCUGGCGGCUGGUGGACAUCACCCGCCUGACCUCCAAGUACCAGCACGACCGGGCGGACAAGCGCAUCUGCACCUCCCUGCUCGGGACCAGGAGCUGCAGCCUGGAGCGCGCCCUGCGCCGCACACAGCGCUUCCAGAAGUGGCUGAGGGCCAAGCGCCUCACGCCCGACCUGGUGCAGGGCCUGUCCAGCCCCUUGCUGCGCUGCCCAUCCCAGCGGCUCCUGGACAGGAUCGUGCGGCGCUACGCCGAGGUGCCCGACGCCGGCAGCAUCUACAUGGAUCACCUCACAGACAGGGACAAGCUGCGCCUGCUCUACACCCUGGCAGUCAACUCACACCCCAUCCUCUUACAGAUCUUCCCUGACGUGGAGGGCUGGCCCUUCCCGCGGUACCUGGGCUCCUGCGGGCGCCUGCUGGUCAGCGCCAGCACCCGGCCCCUGCGCGACUUCUUCGGCGCGGCGCCCGAGGUGGCCGCGGACCUGGCGCUGCAGCUCCUGGCCGUGCUGCGCUCCAUGGCCAGCAACGACCUCAACUACUUCUUCUACUUCACCCACGUGGACGCUGGCACCUUCGGCGUUUUCAGCAACGGGCAUCUGUUCAUCCGCGAUGCCAGCACGCUGGGCGUCAUCGACAAGGAGGAAGGGAGCCAGCUGAUCGAUGGCCAACAGGAGUACAGAGACGUCUUCAGCUGCCUGACCGCGGACUGCCAGCCUGCCUUAGUGUCCUGUGACUCCAUCAGGGACCAGCACAGCCUCGUCAUGGUGUGCCAGGACCUCCUUCCCAAGCUGCUGUCGGGGAAGUUCCAGCCCCACGUGCAGGAGAGCAUCGACGCCUUCCUGCAGCGCUGCGCCCGCGGCCUCGGCGACGACGACGGCGGUGCCAGAGAGGCCAUGGCGGAGCUGGCAGGGAUCCUGAAACCUCUGCGCUCCUGCGACUCCCGCUUCGCCUACCGCUACCCCGACUGCAGAUACAGUGACAAAUACUGA